CUCAGCCCCAUUCUCCGGUCUCAUUGCUGCCCCGGGAUCCAGCUGCCACUUGCCUGGCGAUGCUCUCACACUUUGGACUCUUCUGGCAUUACUGAGCUGACGCUUUGGGACAUCAGAUUCAGGUCGUAUGGGGAGAGAAGCGUGUGACUUUGCAAGGUGUGAUGUGGAAACCCUGGCCUGUCACCCAUCUCCGCUUGACCAGAGGCCAGUAGGGUGGUGUCUCUGGCCUGAUACAGUGCUGUUAUUUGUUACUGAGAUGGGAAACGAAGGAAUAGAUCACUGAAGCGAGGUUGGCUGUCCUUGUUACCCUGGAAUCGGAUUGUCCUGAGGGGACGGUCAGGAAGAAUGGUAUCAAAAUGAGAAAACAUCAACCCGUGCUUUGAAUGUGGCAAGAAGAGAAUAAGUGUUGUCAUGAUUGCUUGAAUUCAGGACUUUACACUGGAAGGAAAGUUAGAUGUAAGCUCAAUCCCUUAGUUCUAAUAAGCACCUCUUCUUGGGAACUGGAAAUUAAAAAAAAGGAGUCCUUUGAAGAAAAAUGUGCUGCUUAAAUCAACCCCAGCCUCUCCUCCAUACAAAGAACUCUUAAUGAUACUAGCAGAAAAGAAACAAAUUCAGCUAAAAGCUCGUCUGCAGAUCAGAAGAACAAAGACAUGGAGUUUUGAGGAGUGAAGGUAGCAUGGCGUCGGCCAUGGGUGAUCAAGACACAGCCAGACAAUGUGGAUCAGUUCCUUCAAACUACGGCUUUUCUGCUGUCUGCUUGCAGUGCUGAUGGUGGUGGUGCUGGUCAUCAAUGUGACUCAGGUAGAGUACUUGGACCAUGAGACUGUUUCAGCCACGUUCAUCGAUAGCAGUGGACAGUUUGUUUCCUCCCAGGUGACAGGAGUUAGCCGGAAUCCUUACUGUGGCUAUGAGCACCAGACCCUGUCCAGCCGAGAGCGCAUGGAGGAGGACUCCUUGCUGGCCGCCUUGCAGUGGCAGGUGCCUGAUGUGGGUCCCGUCCCCUUUCUGAAGAGCACUGACCCUUCUUCCAGCUACUUCGUUAUCUUGAACUCUGCAGCCUUCUUCAAGGUGGGAAGCCAACUAGAAGUGCUGGUUCAUGUACAGGAUUUUCAAAGAAAGCCCAAGAAAUAUGGUGGAGACUACCUGCAGGCCAGAAUCCACUCCCCAAAGCUGCAGGCAGGGGCUGUGGGCAGAGUGGUAGACUACCAGAAUGGGUUUUACAAGGUCUUUUUUACUUUGCUCUGGCCAGGCAGAGUUAAAGUGUCCAUAUCUCUCGUCCACCCCACCGAAGGGAUCAGAGUUCUUCAGCACCUGCAAGAAGAGAAACCACACAGGGUCUAUUUCAAGAGUCUCUUCCGUUCAGGAAGAAUUUCUGAAACCACGGAGUGUAAUGUGUGUCUUCCUGGCAGUCUGCCCCUGUGUAACUUUACAGAUCUCUACACUGGAGAACCCUGGUUCUGCUUCAAACCAAAGAAGCUCCCUUGCAGUAGCAGAAUUAACCAUUUCAAAGGUGGAUACCUGAAGGGCCUUCUAACUGCUGCAGAGAAUGCUUUCUUCCAGAGUGGUAUCAAUAUCAAAAUGCCAAUCAACUCCAGUGGACCUGAUUGGGUGACUGUGAUUCCCAGGAGAAUAAAAGAAACGAACAGUCUGGAACUAUCUCAAGGCUCAGGAACUUUUCCUUCUGGGUAUUAUUACAAAGACCAGUGGAGGCCCAGAAAGUUUAAGAUGCGCCAGUUUAAUGACCCCGACAAUAUCACAGAAUGCUUGCAAAGAAAAGUGGUGUAUUUAUUUGGUGACUCAACAAUCAGGCAGUGGUUUGAAUACCUUACUACGUUUGUUCCAGAUUUAGUGGAGUUUAACUUGGGUAGUCCCAAGAAUGUGGGUCCUUUCCUUGCGGUGGACCAGAAGCACAACAUCCUGCUCAAAUAUCGCUGCCAUGGUCCACCCAUCCGUUUUACAACUGUCUUUAGCAAUGAGCUCCAUUAUGUGGCAAAUGAGCUGAAUGGCAUCGUGGGCGGGAAGAACACCGUGGUUGCCAUAGCUGUAUGGUCUCAUUUUAGCACCUUCCCCUUGGAAGUGUACAUCCGGCGGCUCAGGAAUAUCCGUCGAGCAGUGGUCCAGCUCCUGGAUCGAAGUCCUAAGACCGUGGUAGUCAUCCGAACAGCCAAUGCCCAAGAGCUGGGGCCUGAAGUGAGCCUUUUCAACAGUGACUGGUACAACUUUCAGCUGGACACCAUCCUUCGGAAGAUGUUCUCAGGAGUUGGAGUGUAUCUCGUUGAUGCCUGGGAGAUGACCCUGGCUCAUUAUUUACCCCACAAGCUACAUCCAGAUGAAGUUAUUGUGAAGAACCAACUGGACAUGUUCUUGUCCUUUGUGUGCCCCUUGGAGACCUAGCCUGCCCUGGAGGGGACUGGAGGAAUCAUAUUACCUGUAGUACAGGAAGUUUAUGGCUGGCCCCAUGGAGAGAUGGCUGCUAUUGACAUGUACACAAUUUCAAAAGAAACUGGACUUUAUAUAAGACAUAAGGAGCUUAGAAAAUGCAGGUUGCAUUUAUGUCUACCUACAGCAUUUUUUCCAAUCUUUACAUAGCCAUGGGAGAACCAUUAUUAACAACAUCUACGCACUGUAUUGCCCUUGUAACCAAAGAUGUUAGUGAGUGUGUUUGAAUUAGCCUCUCCUGAGAGGGGAGAUUACGAUGCUAAAAAACUGUGAAAAGUGUUCUGACCUAAGUGGUUGGUAGCUUAUCUGGUAAAGGAGAUUGAGCUUAUCUGUAUGAAUAACACAGUUGGUCCAUCUUUGGUGGGAUGAACUGAUAAGGCUUCUAGUCAGUGGCUCCUGUAAUACGCUGCGGACUGCUGUGUCUCAGGAGUUUCUUUCAAUGAUCCACCUUUUCUGAAUUGCUUGAAAAGGCCAGUAUCCUUGGUCAGAACUUUCUAGUGGGAAUAUUUACAAUAUCCCGCUUUUAUCUAGAAAAGAAGCAAAAGAAAAAUAUGAAAGCAGUACACAAAAUCUGUGUGUUGAAUUGAUACUUGCACUGGGGGAUUGUUACUUAUUUCAGCUAAAUUUUACAUGAUGAAUACUUUAAUCACUUUUGGAACUGGAAGGGGGAAUCUAUAAAUGGAAAUUUAUUUUUGUGUUUUGAAGUUUGAGGGUUUUAAGAACUGAAUUUUGUGUAAAGAAUGCUGUUGUUUAUUAUAAAGUUGUAGAAGUUACUUCCGUCAAGUUCAAGUGUUUCUUUUUUGGUUGUUAUUUUGAAUCGCAUACCAACAUCAGAAAUUAAAAUUAAUUAGUAUCGAAAGUUCGAUAUUGAGAUCUAGAACAGGUAUUUAUUGAUUUGAAUGUAAGGUAUACAUAUUCUCUCAUGCUUGGAAGUAAAAAGCUGCCAUUCCUACUCGCUAUCUUAAAAUAAUUGAAUUAUCGAUUUUAUUUGACUGUCUUUACCUUAUUAAUUUCAAAUGAGUGUAGGUUAACUUGGGGCCAUUUAGUAAGUGUAAGUACUCUUUUCCGAGCCACAAUAGAUUACAAUCUAGUUUUAGUUAUCCCUAAAUGGAUACAUGAAGAGACUGAGGAAGCUUUAGAGAUGAAGACAGAUGUUUAAAGCGUGAAAAAAUUUGGAGUUUUAACUUAGAACAGAGAGUGUAAGAUCUUCCUUUCUUAGCCUUGAGGGCCACCUUCAAAUUUAUAAAAUAUACAUAUGGGGAAAGAAGAUUUUAAAUUGUUUUCUGAGUCUAAAGAGGACCAACAAGUAGAUAAAAAUAUUAAGAAAGUUUAAUUUUAAUGGUCUUUAAGCUUUAGAGUGUCUGAGAAUCACCUGGAAUACUUGAGAAAAAUACAAACUUAGGGGUCAUGCUUCUGGGAAUUGUGGAAUCAACCUUUGUUACAAGUGUCCAGUGAUUCUGACGCAAUGGUAAUAUUCUACACUUUGAGCAAUACCAACUAAGGGAAGAAGGAAGAUAGAACUAAGGAAAUAAUAUUGCUUGUCUAUUAUUUCAGGGGCUUAAUCCCUAACAUUUAAUUGUGAUAAUGAUCUAGUAGUGUAGGUAAUAUUAGGUACCUUUUAUAGAUGAGGAACUCGAGUUUGGAUUUGAACCAAGGUAUGCGAGAGUACAUAGCCCUUUUUGGACUUUUAUAAAGAGAGAUUCUCUUUUUCACAAAAGAACUUUUUAAACAUUUUCUCAAAGAUUGCUGGAGGCUGAGGCUGAGCUUCAUCUUCUCAGGAGAAUUUCAGUUUCCACUGCCUCUCCAGGGCUUUGGAGUGAUGCUUUUUUUUUUUUAAGAUUUUAUUUAUUUACUAUUAGAACAAGUGGA